AAACGAACUAUGGGAGUGGAUAGAUACUGUUCAACGAUACGUUUGCUCAUUUACGAUAGAGUGAAAAUUAAAAAGCAAUUGUUAGAUGUGAAGUAUGCAAGAAGAAAGCUUACAAAUAUCAAACAACAACUCCAAAACUCCGAAUUACUUUAUCCAUUAAGGAAACAACAAUUG